UGUGAACAAUUGUUCUCGCUUUUCGGACACACCCCCCGUGAUAGGGGCGAGUUGUAUUCAGCUGGUGGACAUGGUAUGGACCAAACCUCUAGUGGUGACAGCCCUCGGACUCCUCAGGAUUUGUCCAAUGAGCCUGUAAGAUCCCGAAGUGAUGGUCAGUGCUCCAAACGAUCCACCAGGGAGCAUUCAGUUUGCAGCCCAAUUAAAAUGAAGAGUAGCCAGACGCCCUCCCUUGAUGACUGCCUUGAAGACCUCGACAAUAUCAUCAAGGACGCGAAGGAGCGCAAGUCCCGUCAUAUCACUGAAGCCGAGGAGAUAGCCCAAGUCAAUCAGAUUUUGAAAGAGGAUGGGUACAACGAGAGCGAUAUAUUUUUUGCCCAGGCCUUGAGUCUUUGCACCCACAGGCUGCAUCGUAGGGCUUUCCUGGGUUUGGUGACCAAAGAAGGGCGGUACAACUAUGUCAAGGUUACUUUGGACAUGAUGAGCAUGAAGUCCAAGUGAUCCAAACAAACAAUGCUGUUGCGUGGCCGUCGUGUGUAUCUGUUUUCGUAAUUCCAGUGUUGCGUACUUCCAGUCAUGGUUGUUGUACUACAGACCGUUUUAUGAACUUUGGUUGCUGCUCAAUGUUUGUGUUGUGUUAUAAACUUUGGUUCAUAAUCAAUGUUUGUGUGCUGAACAGACUAUGUGAGCUGCACUACCUGGCUAUGUGUUAUAAAUUAUUCCUUCACAAUGUUGUUAUAAAUUAUUCCUUCACUAUGUUGUUAACUGUUUUCUUGCCAUUUUGAGUUGCAGAUGGACAGCAGCGAGCAAUCGUCGCCUAGUGGGUCUUCUACCGACAGCCACGACGUUAAGAACUUGGCUGCAGCAGCUGAGGUGUUGAGAAGGAUUAAAGCAAUCCUCAGGAUGCAGCCACCUUUGGUAAAUCCUCCUUGUCCCAUAACCAAGCUGACUGGAGCUCAAUGGAUGAAAUUGAGUCUUGAUGACCCUACUAAAUGCAUAGAUAAUUUACGUAUGUCUCGUGAUGCUUUUCUGAACUUGCAUGACCGCUUACUUUCAUAUGGGCUGAAAAGUACAAAAGAUUGUGGUUCCAUGGAAGCUUUAGGUUUAUAUAUCUGGACUUGUGCACACGGGGCUGGUGUUAGAGAAUGCAGGGAUAGAUUCGAAAGGUCUUUAGAUACAAUUAGUAGGAAGACUUCUAAGCUGGCAGAGAUUAUGUUUAGGUGGGCACAGACUGUACUAGUUCCAGCCGAUAGGCACUAUACACAAGUGAGCAGCGAACUUGCGGAAUAUGCACCAUGGUUUGAUGGAUGCAUAGGUGCUAUAGAUGGCACUCACAUACCGGUGGAAGUGAAUCAAGAAGCCAGAGUUGACUUCAUUAAUAGGGACGGAGAAGUUUCGAUUAAUGUUUGCGCCAUAGUGGACAUGCAUGGCCGAUUCACCUAUGUGGGAGCCGGGAAGGCGGGUGCAUGUCAUGAUAUGGCGGUUCUCCAAGAUUGUCAGGCGGAUCAAAGAUUCCCGCAUCCACCACCAGGCCGGUACUACCUGGCGGACUCGGGUUAUAUGGAGCAGCAAGGGUACAUGACUCCUUUCCGGGAUACUAGGUACCAUAGGUCACAUUUUAGGGGUGUUGAUGUUCGCACAUUAGAUCGUCACGAGAAAUUUAACUACAUUCACUCCAAGCUGCGCAAUAUCAUUGAAAGGAGGUUUGGGCAUUUGAAAGAGCGGUGGCAUAUCCUGGAAGGGGUUCCAUUCUUCAGGAGGGAAAAACAAGCAUGGAUUAUCAUAUCAUGCUUUGCAAUGGAGAAUUAUCUGUGGCUGCGUCAAUAUGGAGAUGGUUCAACUUACGAUCCGUCGGAGUGGGUGGCGAUGAAUACUGCAACUAAUACCUCAGAAUUGAGGGAGUUAGUUUCUGCUGCUGUGUGGCCGGCAUGAUUUAUGAUUUGUUGCUGGUGACUGGACUCUGAAUGUGGUAUU